AUGGCUUCCAACUUCAACGAUGUGAAAGAGUUCUUAGCCAAAGCCAAAGAAGAUUUUCUUAAAAAAUGGGAAAAUCCUGAUCAGAAUACAGCCAGUUUGGAUAACUUUGAUCGAAUCAAGACCCUCGGCACAGGCUCCUUCGGGCGGGUGAUGCUGGUGAAACACAAGGAGACUGGGAACCACUUCGCCAUGAAGAUCCUGGACAAACAAAAGGUGGUGAAGCUGAAACAGAUCGAGCACACCCUGAACGAGAAGCGCAUCCUGCAGGCUGUCAACUUUCCGUUCCUUGUCAGACUUGAGUUUUCCUUCAAGGAUAACUCAAAUUUAUACAUGGUCAUGGAGUAUGUCCCCGGCGGGGAAAUGUUCUCGCAUCUGCGGCGGAUCGGAAGGUUCAGCGAGCCCCAUGCCCGCUUCUACGCCGCCCAGAUCGUCCUGACCUUCGAGUAUCUGCACUCGCUCGAUCUCAUCUACCGGGACCUGAAGCCAGAGAACCUUCUCAUCGACCAGCAGGGCUACAUUCAGGUGACAGACUUUGGUUUCGCCAAGCGUGUGAAAGGCCGCACCUGGACCUUGUGCGGGACCCCCGAGUACCUGGCCCCUGAGAUCAUCCUGAGCAAAGGCUACAACAAGGCUGUGGACUGGUGGGCCCUGGGGGUUCUCAUCUACGAGAUGGCUGCUGGCUACCCCCCCUUCUUCGCUGACCAGCCCAUUCAGAUCUACGAGAAGAUUGUUUCUGGGAAGGUGCGGUUCCCAUCCCACUUCAGCUCCGACCUGAAGGAUCUGCUGCGGAACCUCCUUCAGGUAGACCUUACCAAGCGCUAUGGGAACCUCAAGAAUGGGGUCAAUGACAUCAAGAACCACAAGUGGUUUGCCACGACUGACUGGAUUGCCAUCUACCAGAGGAAGGUGGAAGCUCCCUUCAUACCAAAGUUUAAAGGCCCUGGGGACACGAGUAAUUUUGAUGACUAUGAAGAGGAAGAGAUCCGAGUCUCCAUCAAUGAGAAGUGUGGCAAGGAGUUUUCUGAGUUUUAG